GUCAAUCCACCACCAAUCCUCCCACCAUCCAGCGAAGCCACACACACACCAGAGCCCAUCUCCCCCUCGCAGCAGCAGCAGCCGGAGCAUCAUCAUCCAUGGCCCCCAAGGCAGCCGAGAAGAAGCCGGUGGAGAAGACCCCGGCGGGCAAGAAGCCCAAGGCGGAGAAGAAGGUGCCGGCGUCCAAGGAGGGCGGCGGCGACAAGAAGGGCAAGAAGAAGUCCAAGAAGAGCGUGGAGACGUACAAGAUCUACAUCUUCAAGGUGCUCAAGCAGGUGCACCCCGACAUCGGCAUCUCCUCCAAGGCCAUGUCCAUCAUGAACUCCUUCAUCAACGACAUCUUUGAGAAGCUCGCCGGCGAGUCGGCCAAGCUGGCGCGGUACAACAAGAAGCCCACCAUCACGUCCCGGGAGAUCCAGACCUCCGUGCGCCUCGUCCUCCCUGGCGAGCUCGCCAAGCACGCCGUCUCCGAGGGCACCAAGGCCGUCACCAAGUUCACCUCUGCCUAAGUAGUUUCUUCCCGGUGCAUCGAUGUUGCUGUGUAAUUGUUGGUUCAGACUCCGUUGUCAUGUAACCUUUGUUUGUGGGAUCAAAUCUUAUGAUCUGGAGAAAUAGCAACAGCCCUUUCAGUUCUUGCCA